AUGAAUGCGCGGCGUGAUGGCGUCGAGGUGCUUCUGGUCAGAUGGUCGGCGAUACGGCACGGCACGACAGUUGCUAAAGGUGGUGAAAGGCGACGAGCACCGUCCCUGGACCAGGCGUUGGAGCGGUGUGAUGAUUCCUCGUUGUGCUGGUUGCUGCGAGACCCUUCACGUGGAUGUGUUGUGUUGCAUCGAUGCAAUGGUGGGGUGGAGGCCCGUGGCUUCGAAUAUUUUGCUCCGUCGUCGCCUAUCCCGCGCGUCUGCGCUGGUGGUGUUGGUUGUAACGGCGCCUCGUGUGUCUGUGGUUUUUGGGUCGAGCGACCUGCACGGAGUCUGGGGAGGAGUCCAUGA